GUGUUUAUUUACAAUCGUUUUGGCGCUGUUUUGUGAUACGGCGUUCUAGCAAUAGCCGAGUAUUUUUAUAUUUUUCUUCAGUUAACAGACUGUGAUGACUUCUUCGGAGUUAUCACUCGUUUUACAGUCUUUAACACCGCUCGAGGAAAAAACUGUAGAUGAUAAAAGCGGCAGUAUCUUAAGUAAAACCUUUGAUUCUUGCUGUCAAGCAUAUGAUUUGAUUCAAGAUAGUGACUUGGAUUCAAGCAACACGGAAAUACAGGGAGCUAUAAGUCAAUGUAUAAAACAUUUAGAAUUAUGCACACAUAUGGUCAAUGAGCUGAACUUAUUCAGCUCUAAUGAAGCUAUUGGAGAAGUCCAAACUUCAAGUCUCAAGUAUUUGCUACUUCCUGCUUUGUUGGGCAGCCUAAACUUGCAGGUGCAACAUAAAGAUAUGUCAAAACGAUUAGAGAAUUUGCAUAUAGCAGAGGUAUAUUUUAAGGAUUUCUUACUUAGAUGUAGAAACUAUGAACUUUGUACAGUUGAACUUCCUGAAGAUUUUGAGGAAGAUGGACUGGAAAAUGGAGAUAGCAGUGUCAAAAACUCAUCUCACGCUCAUAAUGUUUUAGAUGCAGCCAUUGUAAGAGAACGUAAAAUUCAGCAAUAUAAACGUACAAAAGAGCUGGAGAAAAGAGAAAAGGAACUGAAACCUGCUUUAGUUAGGCCAGAUGCUGAAGAAUUCAUUAGAGAAUACUAUAUGAUACUUCUAGAAAAAUGGAUAAUGACAGUAACUGCAGAGCUUGAGACUGUUAAAACUGAGAAGAAUAUUGUUGGAACUAUGGUACAAAUGAAAGAUAAAAGUGGAAACAAUUUAAAUAGGAAGGAAUCUGUUAAGGCAAAGCCACUAAAGACAAUAAUUAUAACUAAAAAUGAAAUUCAGAAAAAAGUAUUUGGCAUGGGCUAUCCAAGUUUGCCUGUCAUGACUAUAGAUGAUUUUUAUCGCCAGAGAUUUGAAAAAGCAAUACAAGAGCAAAAAUCAGCUGUUAAGGGAAUGUCUUUGCAAGAAAAAGCAUUAUAUGGUGAUGAUAAUACAAAAGAAGAGGAAGAGAUUAAAAAAGAAGAGCUUAUGGAAAAAGAUGACCCUGUUGAAUUAGCAAAAGCAAGACAAUGGAAUGACUGGAAAGAUGAGAAUCCUCGAGGUAGUGGAAACAGGAAAAAUAAAGGAUGAAUAAAAUUGGAAAAUUUUAAAAAAUUGUUUCCAACUGUUUUAUUUUCAAAUUGUUUUGAAGCAUAUAUUGUAAAAAAUAAAGUUUAUAUCUCAUGUUAA